GGUUAAUAUGAAAUUUUAUAAAAUCUUUAACGUGAUGUUACCCUAUACAAAGUAGUGUCGUACAGUGUCGUAAUUUUUGUCACCUGUUUACAUUUUAGAUUUUUUCAUUUUAAUAAAAAAUCGUGUAGUGAUAAGUUGAAGUGCAAGUGUAGUUUAUUAUAUUAUUGAAAUAAUUACCAAGCCGAAUAAACAACAAUGGCAGAAGUAGGGUUCCCUGGGCAGCACACGACAACCACCACGGUGACGUCCAAUACGGUGGUGCAGACUAACUUACGGUUCGACCCUCUCUACCUGAAAACUAUUCCUGGGAUACUCAAGCUCAUACAAGUUGUGUCGAGCCUGGUGGGCUUCAUCUGCAUCCAGGCGUCGUGGCUGAGCUACCUGGGCAAGAGCGUGUACUUCAGCUGGGUGGCCAUGAUCGCCUUCUGGUUCACGGGCAUCCUGCUGGGGCUGUAUCUGUUCCACAUGGUGGAGAAGUUCUACAAGAUCCCGUGGCUGAAGAUCGAGCUCGGCUUCUGCGCGGUCUGGACCUUCCUGUACCUGCUGGCCGCCAUCCUGGCCGUCACUGUGCACAGCGACGCGCACUCAGCGGCCGCGUUCUUCGGCUUCGUGGCGAUGUUCGCGUACGCAGCGGACGCGUACCUCAAGUGGCGCGCGGCGCGCGCGGGCGGGCUCGCGCAGGGCACGCGCGUCGUGUCCAAGCAGACCACCUCCGUGGAAGCGCCGCCACGGGAGGCCUACUAAGGUACCCCAGUACACCAUCAACAAUGCACCAACAAAAAUAUCGAUGUCGUUAUAGUAUGGUAGGUGGUUUUAUUUUGGCGCUAUUACACCAUGUGCGAACUUGAUCGAAUCAGUCUAGCUCUAGACACGCAGUUCAGAGCCCCGAUUACGGUAAUUUUUAACGUCUCCAAUCCAGACACGCUUCUCGAUUCUGCGAUACGAUUGGUCGUUUAACAGCGUACGUCAGCUGUUUUGACCAAUCGUAUCGCAGAAUCGAUGAAGCGCGUCUGGAUUGGAAACGUUAAAAGUUACCGUGAUCGGGGCUCAGUUCAAUUCGCCGUGCGUGUGUUCGAUCAAGUUCACGCAUUGUAUAACUGCGUCAUGUAUGAAAAACAAAAUAGCGCCGCUACAGUUUUAUAAGGAAAACGAUUACUAUUACGAGAAUAAUUCGUGCUUUGGACACUGGUCACCCUCUGCGCACUGGAUCUUAGAUAAGGGGCCGAGGGUAGAACAGGACUUAGUGGUAAGGACAGUGAUGAAGGGUAGGUGAAUGUCAUAGUCACGUGACUUCAAAAUGGCGGACAAAUUAGGGUUAUUCUAAGCUGGAUGUUAGGUUCAGUUCUGUAGUUAUUAUCUUCGUUUUUAUGUAUUUGCGCUCACCAGUUGGCAUCGAUGUGUGAGUCCAACUGAUGAGCGCACUAGGUACGACUGUCCUUUCCACUAAGUUUUCAUUCGAAGUAUUAUCCUACUGACACAAAGCUUGUAGAUAGAUGACAAUCACAUAUAAAUCACAUGACGAUGUUAUAAUUAACACUCGGGGCAUUCGAUACCCCAGUGUAAAAGGCACAAAUUGAAAACUAUAUUAACCUCGAGCACCGGAUAAGUUGAUAUACAUAUUUAUAUUUAUGUACAUUAUUGCCUUUUAAUCUUACAUAGUAAGUACGUUAUUGUGGUCGCUCGUUAAAAGCUAAAAUCUGUUUGGUCAAUAUGUUUGGCCGUUAUCGGCUUAUCGCACAUGGUACAAAUUGUUGCUUGUAUCCGUGUGGAACCACCAGUGGAGAUAAAAUGCGGUCGUGUACUAUUACACACCUAGGUAUUUUAUUUAA